AUGUUACCCAUUGUACGCACUGCCGGCCGACGCUGCACCGCAUUUACUUUACGAUCUGCACUCAAUGUCUCAUUGAACGCAGCAGCAGCACCAACCGUGUUCACUCGCACAUUUGUCUCCAAGAAGAAGAAGAAAGCAGCAGCACGAGAAAAUCCAGACGCUCUUGACAUUCAAGAAGCUGUGCGCGUACUGAAAGCAUUCGAAGUCGGCCAUCCUCAACACCAAAUCGAAGCACACGUACAGUGUAAAAUCGAAAAGUCGACGCCUCUUAUUCGUGGAUCGGUUGUGUUGCCUCGCAGCAUCAAGCAAGAGGCUACUAUUCUUGUCUUUGCUUCUGGCAAGCAGGCCGAAGAAGCCGUUGCUGCCGGCGCUCACUUUGUCGGCGGUCAAGAACUCAUUGAAAAGGUCCAGAAUGGUGAACUCAAGUUUGACAAGUGUAUCUCAACGCCUGCCAUGUUCCCUGCUGUCACAAAAAUUGCUCGAGUCUUGGGUCCCAAGGGCCUGAUGCCCACUGUUAAAAAGGGAACCGUUACUGAUGAUAUCGCUAAUAUUGUACGGACAUCCAAGGGUGCAUUUGAUUUCAAGGGAGACAAGCGUGGUGUUUUGCACACAGGUAUUGGCAAGGUGAACUUUGAGGGAACCGAUAUUGAAGCCAACCUCAAGACCAUCUUGGAAGAAUUACGGACGUUUGGCAAAACAAAUAAUCUCAAAGGCAUCAUUCAAAACGUUGUCUUGUCGUCCACAAGAGGACCAGGCAUUGUCAUCGCUGGCGGACCCUCCCUUUAG